AUGUGUCAUAUGCAGAAAAGAGGGCACUAUACCCCAGCGUGCCAGGACAAACUUGAUAUUUUUUUCCAUUUUCCUUGGUGUCCCCCUGAUGCUCGUGUUUAUAAUUACCAUGUAAUUGGUGACUUUCUGAAUCCUUCUUUGCAAACAAGGGAACCGUUAGCUCUUCAUCUUCAAGAAAGAGCUAAUCAGGUUAUCAAUGACCUUCUUGAACUUAGCAAUUUCCUUCCUGAUGGUACUCCAACCAACUCAGGCAUAGUUGUAGACCAUCUCAGAAAUGAAGAAUUCAAAGCAUGGACUGGUUACACACUUGAACAAAUGCAGCAAAUCCAUAGCAUUUGCUCCCCACACAUCAAUAGAGGAUCAUGUUCCUCUACAUUCUAUGUUUUGUUUCUUUUCUGGGUUAAACUGAAGAUCAAUAUUUCAUGGUCUCAACUUGGUGUCUUGUGUGGUCUGACAAACCGCCACCCGACCUUUUGGCUCAGUGAAGAUUACAAUGUGAUUGUUGACCGGGGGUUUAGGGAUGUGUUGGUGCUGCUGCGAGGUUCAAGGUUUUCUGUGUAUAUGCCUUCCUAUCUUCUGUCAGGUCAGACACAGCAUAAUGCACUUACUGCCAACGAGGAUCGCCAGUCAAGAUGGGUUGUGGAGAGCUACCAUGGUCGAAUGAAACUCAGCUCAAACUACGUCCUUAGUGUCAUAGAAGAACUGGUUAAAGUAGCUACUGCUUCCUUGAAUGCUGUAGGUGGACCAAUUUAUGUGUCCACACCAGAGAGGGACUUGAGGGAUCGUCGCCCUGCUGAACGAAUGCAAUCACGUUUGGCUCUGCCACACACCUUGACCUCAAGUGUUGCAGAUGAACCUGACCUGUCUAGGCGCAACAAGGCCAACUGGGUGAAACUUGAUGCCUGUUCAAUAGAGUUUAUGGAUAUGGAAUAUUUAGAAACAGUAACCUGCGGAUCAUACCAGUUGAAAGUAGCACCCAGUGAUAUUGCUGACCAUCUGACUCCUGCUGGAGACUUUGAAGUUUGGUUCUAUCAGCAUGUUGAAAAUCUUCUCCGAGGCCAAAUCCAUUCAAGGCACAAAUCGAUGCCAAAAAACAAUGUUUGGAUUGCAUUUGACAGAAAUGAUCAAGAUAACCCUGUCAAAGAUUACUGCUGUGUCUGUCCAGCGGGUUACAAUGGCGAGUGCAUUUAUCCAGACUAUUUACAAAGUGGAGUAAUCAAAGGCGAAUUGCAACCCUGGAAAACAAGGACUUGGUGGAUCAAUGUUCGAGACAAACCAAGAUGGAAAGAGCGCGAAGAAAUCUACGUAGACGGGUCAAAUAUGUGGUAUCAACGCGAGACGGACUAUAUUCCAUGCGAGAAAAAAACUCGUAGAGUAUCUUUAGAAGCGCCCUCUUUUGGAAAGUGCGUGACCCGAACAUUACUUUACAAUAGGACCUGUCUUAUACAAGAGGGUUACAAUAAGUACAGAAUCGUCCAAUAUACACCAGGGAGAUCGCCGGUAUAUAUCUGUAUGAUGUACAUAAAGAGGAGUGACACGGUCAUUCAGACAUUUCAAGGCCCCAUGCGAGACAAAAAUGUACCUGAUUUGUGCAAUCAGCAGCGUAUGAUCCUCGACAAAUGGCCAUGGAUAGCGACAUGGAAACCACAAGCAACCGAUUGUCCAAUCAGCGGAGGGUUUACAUUCAGAACAAUUAGUAGACUGACCAAUCAGGAUAUUUGUGAGACCGAUUGGCGAAAAUCUAAAUUAGAAAUUGAAUGCAUCAAAGGAGAUGGGCUGGAUUUUAUAGCUCCGAAAGGCAGCAAGUGCAAUCCGUUUUUAUCUCACGGAGAACGUAAACACUUAUACUGUUGGGCAGGAUGGGAAUUUGGACAAUAUAUUUACAUGGUAGCUUCAGGUGAAGAAGAAGAUCCACAGUUUUGUAUAAGGAUUCCUAAGAAACAAGAUGGAGAGUUUGUAGCCCUUGUCUACUUCAGUGUUAUUUGUCCCGUGGAAGACGACGGUCAACCGCCAACUGGAUUUGAUUAUUACGAACUACAUCUACAAAGAAAAGAUCCCAAUGUUUGCGAGGACGAGAACAAAGAAAUGUGUGCGAAAUUCCGUGAGAGGGGAGUAUGCGACAAACCGAACAACAAAUUCAUACAACACUGUAAAAAGAGUUGUGGAAUAUGCGAAAAUAGAGACGAGUUGUUGCAGAUACAAUGUCGGUUUGACGAGAUUUUACAAGGAAAGUGGGUGUUAUAUGACAGAGGGAGGCAUGAACAAAUCUACAUCAAUAGUUCUGUUAUGGCAUUUUCACACUUUGGUACAUUUCACUGCAAGGAAAGAACGCAUGAAGAAAGAAAAUAUAAACUCAUCUCAGUUUUUGAUAAUGGAUGCACUAAACGAUAUUCAUGUAUAGAACUAAACAGAAGAAAUAACAAUAUCCUACAGUAUAGAAUAGGUCACAGUCUUCGACAUGACGAAGAAUUCACUGAAUUAUGCCAAUUUCACGACGAUCCAUAUCCUCUAAUAGACACGUACAGGAGUUCGGGAAUGAAGAAUCUUAUAUUAAAUGGCCGCCUGUGGGACCAGUUUUGUGGACUCAGAAGCUCUAUUCCUUUUAACGGCACUUUUAACGACGAAGAAUGCAUUGGAAACAUUUCUGAUUGGGACGACCAGGGAUGUGUUCCGAGAGGCACGCUUAGAGUUAGUGCAGAUAAUUGCUUGCCAUUAUUAGCCUCGAAACGAAAACAGUACCAGUGCCUUCUGUUUCUUAAGGAUCAAGUAGGACUUUUUGACCACCUGCUGAUUACUCGGUCAAUGGAUGGGCGAAAUGAGUUUAAUUGUUGGGUUAUUUCGCAGUAUGCGGGACCGGGGUUUUCAUUUCCUUACCGUGUGGUAUACCAGAUGCCAACUCCCCAAUGUUCCUCCUUUUCUAACGUCUAUGUCCAUGUAGACAGACAACCAAAAGCCACUCUUCAAUUAAUUGAUGAUCGAAAGUCACGCAGAUGUAUACCUACAGAAAGGGAGGCGCAAAUUAACCGUGAACGAGAAAAUCAGAAUGUAUCUGAUGUGGAGGCGACAACCAUGUACGGCGACGAGAAACGAGAAGAAUAUAGCGUACCACAAAAUAAUAAUAUUGACGAAACCAUCAUUUCAGUCGCCGGACUGGAAAAUAAAAAGCAAAGCCCAUUCAGUGGGGCGAUCUCAAUUCAAAAGACAUUUUCUGUAUUACUUAUUGAACAAGUUAUCUGUGGUAUAUUGCUUCACAUGUACUUAUGA